GUAGCACCCUAAAUCUAUCUGAAUGAUGUAUUUUUUGGUGACUGUACUGACCUUGUGGAUGACCCCCGACAUCCAAGGGGGGCCUGUACCUCAUGAAAUGGUGGACAUGUCUUAUGUAUUCGACGAAACAACCUUAUACUGGCCUACGCAAAAAAAGUUUGAAAUGAAACUAACUCAUAAUGGAAUCGCUGACGAAGGUUACUGGUUGCAGCUGGAAGAAUACCACUCAGCAACUCAUGUAGGUACUCACAUGGAUGCACCUUGUCACUUCGCAAAGGAACGGUGGUGCGUGGACAAGAUACCAUUGAAUCAUUUGAAGGCUCCAGCAGCUGUCAUAGAUAUCGUUAAAAAAGCCGAGGAAGAUAGGGAUGCUCUUGUGCAAAUCGAAGAUCUAGAGAAAUGGGAGCAAAUUUCUGGGCAGAGCCUGGAUGGUACCAUCGUCAUGAUUCGAUCUGGAUGGGGUCGUCGUUGGUCAGACAGGGAAUCUUUUAUCGGAACUGCAGGCAAUGACACUGAAAAUUUCCAUUUUCCUGGGUUAUCUGAGGAGGCAGCACAGUGGCUUGUAGAUAACAGAAAGAUCCUUGGAGUUGGCACAGAAACAAUAUCUUUAGAUCACGGUCCAUCUCAGAAGCUCAUGGCGCAUAGGAUCCUUCUAGAAGCAAAUAUUUAUGGUUUAGAAAAUGUAGCGAACAUGGAAGAGAUUCCAAUAUUUGGAGCUACUCUUUAAAUUAUGCCUAUGAAAAUCGGCCAGGGAUCAGGUGCCCCAACCAGAAUCAUUGCCACAUUCCCCAAAACUUCAAUUUAAUAGAUGUUAUGAUCAUUUUACUUUUUAGAGGCAUUCACGCAAUGAUUUAAAUGAAUGUUGAGCAUAUUUUAAAAUUUUAUUUCGACUUAGAAUUGAUAAAAGUAUACACGUAGACAAUUACAGUUUAUUCGAAAUAAUAUUAUUUUGCAUGUAUAAUUAUAUCUUUUAAUAAAGACCGCUUUAAGCUU